AUGCGUGCCCCACCUGUCGAGAUGGAUUCGAAAGCAAGACACAGGGCGAGAGCCAGGGAAAUUCUCUGGGCAACAUAUCGGCAAAUCGAACAUUGCCAAUCUAUCUUCCUCUCACCCGCCGACUUGCAGGCUUUCGGCGUUGAGGCAUAUCAAGUAGACAUCAAAAACGAUGGUGUUCUACAAUUUGAGCCUAGUUUCUUCGAUCCCCAUCCGGCGGGUAUCCUUCAAAAAUAUCCCAUCGAUGCUGCCGCAAACGACUAUGAUGUCCGUCGGUUGCCAUGCGUUCCUACGCUCCAAGACGCCCUCGAGACGGUACAAAAGAGCCUCCCUGUCCCGGAAGACCCUCUUAGAGCGGCUCAGAAUUUGCUUGAGGAGAGACUCAAAAAAUACCACUUCUGGGAUGACACUCACUGUAGUCGGAUUGAAAACCAUAUCAGAUACGAGUUCGGGGCAACACGAAAGGGUGGACCCCUAACUUUUGGUCUUGGUGAUCUCCGCGGCUCAUGGGAGGGGAUACGCACAACAUAUGGGGAUCCGGUUAUGCUUGAAGCAAUGCCUCUGGAUUGGAAAUCCGCGUUAUUUCUAGAAGCCCAUGACGAAACCUCACCUCUUCCACAUGCUAUUUGCAGUAUCUCUGCGGACGUCGAUGCGACACUUGCAGAUCAGAACCUUACUCUCCACGAGAUGAGAGCUAUUAUGAGAAUGAUACUUAUUAGAGCUCGUGGGCCUCGCCGAAAAUUUCCCAUCUACCCAUUUUUGCUUCUCUCAUUUAUGGGUAAGCAGCAUGGCAGAAUCACUCAAAUUGUCGUUGAAGAAGGGCGAAUUAUGCUCCAGUAUUCCAAACUCUGGGGCUUUGAGGUCGAAGCUACAGCGCCGUUGGAUCUUUUCAUUUGCUACAUGCUCAUCGUCGGGGCUGGAGACACACGGGGCACAGCAAGUUCCUAUGUCUUUGCAUACUUCGGGAUUGCUACGAUCGUUCUAUCUGAUAUUUGCGCGAACCACUUACGGACUGAUCCUGCAGCGGAUAAGACCUCGCAGCUGCGCUACUCCGAGUCCAUCGCUCUGCCCGUGUAUGACGGCCUCUGUCAUGCGUCGCAUCUCGACGACAAGGAGACCUUUCACCGCGUCCUCCACCCGGCCGGGUCCGUCAUCCCUGUCUACCGGCCGGUGCAGCUAGCGCUGCUCUCGUCGCAAUCCGUGGAGCCCUUCAGGCCAUCGGGACGGAGCUGCUGGCCGGCACCAUCUACCUGGACCACGUCACGGCGGGCAUCCUCGCCCACACUGGCCCCGACGCCACACAGUGCCGGAUCGAGACUUUCGCACCUCCUUAGUCUUCAAGAGUCUGGUGAGCGCCCUGGAGGCCGCGUUUCCCGACCUGACUAUCCACACCACCGAUCUCAUGCCUUGGGUGGUGCAGGACUACGGUCCGUGACAGCCUCGAUCGCGGGCGUUGCCGAAGCCCUGAAGAACAUAGCCAAGGUUUUGCUUGCACCUCUUGCCUAUCUUCCGGGUUUUCUCCAGCAUCUCUUAAAGGGAGUCGGGAACCUUGGGGUCUUUCCGCUCGUGAUUGGCCUAGAUGCUAGUAAGCGCAUUGAGGAGGACUUUCAGAGGCUAUCUGAGGAAGCCGUUACGCUCACGCUUGUCACCAGGCUUGCCUUUGAUCAAGUCCCGAAUAUCGUGGUCCUCGUCCCAUCGAGCGAUGCCGCCGUAUGCCCACCAAAAGACCAACACGGAUGGAUGGCAGAGAGCAAGCAGGCUCGAGGCCGUGGUCGCAGCCGAGGUGGUUCCGUAGACCCCGGGGGCCAAAGAGGCAAUGACGAUGUUGUGCUCUCCCAGGCGACCUCACGUAUAAACGUUCGCGUCGGCUUGGUGUCGAGUGAACCCGGUUGGAGCUACCAUGUUACUCAUCGAGCAUCGCUUCUGUAG